UAUAUCUAUGUUCUUUUUGUUAUGAGGUUGGAUAGACACAGAAAAAUACAAGAGUGGAGAGAAAAGAAAAAAAACUGAGAAAAAGAUAAGAUAUAUAUGGAUACACAAAGAUUACCCAAGAAAGAAGAAGAUGAUUAUCAACCUUCCUCAACCAUCGAGUCCAUGAAUGCUUUCUCUCAAGACCAACACAACUACUCUAUGGAUGAUUUUGACAGUAUUCUCGACCUCAACAUUGACGGUUCAAAAUGCUCUCAACAACUCAUCUGGGAUUUCUUUAAAGAAGAUGGUGAAGAUGAAGAAGAAAAAAGAUUUAGUACUGAUCAAGAAGGCUCAAGUUCUGGGGUUUGGGAUAAUAUGUCAGCGGAUUAUGAAGACAAAGAGUUGGGUCUGAAGCUGAACUUAAACCAUCAAGAAGUUAUUGAUGCUUGGUCUGAUCGCCGCCAGCAACCUCUGUGGACGGAUAACGCAAACUUAAUGGCUCCGACCAGUGCCGUUUAUAGUGGAGAAGUGCCGGUGAUGGAUGAAGAGAGAAACACGAGAAGAGAAGCGAGUGUGUUGAGAUACAAAGAGAAGAGACAAAGUAGGCUCUUCUCUAAGAAGAUAAGGUAUCAAGUCAGAAAGCUCAACGCCGAUAAACGACCACGUUUCAAGGGUCGGUUCGUGAAAAGGGAGACGUAAAUGGGAAAAUAAAAUAUCUCAAAUCUUCGAUCUGUUUUUUUAUUAGUAUUAUCAUUAUGAAUAUAUUUAUUUCAUAUCAUUGUCGUCUUUUACAACUUUGUCAAAUUUGAAACGAAAAUAUCUCCUUGACGAAAAGAAAAAGAGAUGCAAAAUAUCUUAUAAAGCAAAGGAGUAGAAGAUUACAUGAAGAGGACGUUUAUGGCAAGUCUUUGUUGAGUUUGGUGGGACCUAAGUCUAAAAAGGGUUCAUCACCACAUGUUUGAAUCCAAAAGUAACCAUCCUUUGUCGGGGCCAGUGUACCAAACUGUGUAUCAACAGCAUAAACAUCAUAUUACUGUCAGUGAAUGACAAUGCUCCUUUUACAACAGACGUUCAGAUUCAGUUGAAAACUAUGCUUUUUUUUUUGUAAAAGUAAAAAAACUAUGUAUUUUCCAUCAAAAAAAUUAAACCAAAACGUUUCUGACACAA